AUACAGACCGCUCAGAACUACAUACAACCCCAUCUCAUCAAUACUACAAACCCCACAAACGGCACACUCAACCCCGUCCCUAUCUUCCUAGCCCAACAUGCGUUUCGCCUUCGCCGCCCUCCUCGCCAUGACGACAGUCGCCCUGGUAAUACCUCCCUCGAAUCUCUUGCAUCCAUCUUGGCCUUUCCAGCAGAACAAAAGUAAACUAAUCAUGCCCCUUACUACUAAUAGGCCACUACUACUCCCCACGCUAGCACGACGACGGGCGGCGUCAAAGCCGCUGCCACGAAGAGCAACUCAGCAUCAGCCAAGGCGACUUCGACUACCACUCACAGCAAGAACGUCGGGCCCAGGGAGACCGCGGCUGUUGCCCUUGGUGUCAUGCUUGGCGGAAUGGGCCUUGUUGUCAACAUGUGAGAAGAGAAAAAGGAUGUCAAGUCUUCGGCUUCGGUCACCUUUGAUGUUACGAGCUGUUUGAGUGCAGAAGGUUUUCGUUCUACUUCUUGGGCGAGUUGAGGGGGAGGGCAUUCAAAGAAGGUGGAUUGUGGGUAGCUUGGGAGGCAACUCGAUGUCAAAUAGGUACAACAACUCCUAGCUCGUGAAUUCAGAUUUAGGAUUCUUUCAAUCAGCUGUAUUAUUGUUUUGCUACCUACAUAACAUCUUUGAAAUAGUA